ACUAAAAAAGAAAAGAUAUAUCACAUUGAGCUCACAAAACUUUAUUUAACAGAAACAAAAGAUCUUCGGUUUGACGAUGUACAAGUUAGAUUUAAUGAGUUGACCAAACAAACUGAAAAAUUACAUAACGAUGCUAGAAAGUUUAGAGAUGAAAUUUCAAAUAUGUUGAAUCAUCAAGCAAAUUUUGCCGAUCUCCUUGUCGAAUUAUAUAGCCCAAUUAUCCCUGAAGGUGCGUUAGAAGGAGCAGUAACCCGUCGUGCAAAAACUCCGGUCCAAACUAUGAAAGCUGCUGAGGAGUAUGCAACAUUGAUGUCCAAAGUGAGAAAUACUAUACUAGAAGAACUGGAUUCUGUAGAUCGUAGGAUUAUCUUUCCAGCUGCAGAAUUUUUAGAUAUUAUAAAAUUAAUAAAAAAGACUGUAACAAAACGAGAACAUAAAAAAGUUGAUUACGACCGAUUCCAAAAUCAUGUUAAAAAGCUUAAAGACAAGAAGGAUAAAUCAUUGAGUGAGGAAAAACAAUUACAUAAGUAUGAAGAUCAACUUGAACAUGCAACGCAAGAAUACGAGCAUUAUAAUGACAUGUUAAAAAAAGAGUUACCACUUUUUUUCGAAUAUAGAGUUGAAUUCAUCGAGCCAAUAUUUGAAUGUUUUUAUCAUAUGCAAUUGAGAAUUUAUGGAUUUUUAUUCGAGCAAUUUGAACAAUUAGCAGAAUUGGGUUACUUUGAUUUCGAAUCUGAUAUAAUUGAUUGUUUUGAAAAGAAAAUAGCGGAUGCCAAGGAACAAUUAGAAGAUAUAACUUUGAUUAAACGAGGAAAACAUGAUAAGAAACAGGAUGAGAGUUCGCGUAAACAAAGUCCUGUUCGAGAGUCUACACGUGCACGUUCUGCAGGACGUACACCGAUUUAUUCCAAUGAAGAUGAUCAUUAUGACGAGGACGAUGAGCCUCCUGCAUACACUCCUACACCUGUGAAAACUAAUUCAAAACUUUAUCCGACUCCAAAAGUGCCACCACCACCGCCACCAGUUUCCAGAAAGCCAAAACUUGUACGAUAUGUAGUUGCUUUGUAUGAUUACGAUGCAACUGCUGAAGGUGAUUUAUCUUUCCGAAAAGAUGAUAAAAUUGAAGUUGUCGAGCGAACGGCUGAUGCGAAUGAUUGGUGGACAGGGAAGUUGAAUGGUGUUAUAGGUGUAUUUCCUGGUAAUUAUGUUGCCGAGUUGUAA